AUGGCGGUCUUCAACAGCCAGACCCUUGCGCAUGCACCGGUUGGCGCAUGCCGCGAGCGCACCUUCACGUUCAGUGGCAUUCAGCUGGCCAACAGCGCGUGGGGCUUCUCAUGGUUGAACGUCAGCGGCGACACCUUCCGCGAAUCGGCAGCAGCCGCGGCGAAGACUGUUGCCUUAGAUCCUCAAAGCGUGGGCGCUCUGAUUGAUGCCGGCAUCAAGAGCGAAGCAUUGGAGAAUCAGAUGUUGGAGAUCCUGGGACAUUUGUUGGAGGUGCUGCCUGGCACCAGCGAGCAAUGGGACUCCGCUAGCCCCGGCCUGUUCAUGGACUCGAUUCCGGCAGACACGCUGGGAGUGCUUGGAACCUCCGGCUUGCUGCGCGCGUGGUCUGUGAAAGAGGAGAAGGACAUCCAACACCCUGCCGAAGAGGCCGCGGCCCGGCAUUUCCAGAGGCCUGAGGACAUGUACGACUGGCCUUGGGCAUUCCUGGAGUGGGAGGCGGAUGGAGCUCGAGGUGCCCAGGUGCUCAAGACCGGAUUUAGCUCUGCGGAGCCCGGGGAGAGUGAAGCUUGGUGGUCGGAGGCGUUCCCCUUGCGGUCCUUCAAACUUGGGGUGCGAGCCAGCGCUGGGGGGCCCAGUACCUGA